AUUGGUGGACAAGGAAUCGACAUUGCUAUUCCACGAGCCAUGUCCAGUGUACGCUAUAACUUGCAGUGGCGCAGACAGCGAUACUUUCUGGGUGGGCACAACCCACUCAGACGUCAAGGGAUGGGGCUACAACCACAACCGCACCACCCCCCACUGA